GUAUUAUGCUGUUAACUAUGUUAUUCAAUGAUGAUUUAACGUGGAGUCCUACACAUGAGCUGAUCUUUAUCUUUAGCUACUUUGCAUACUUUAGAAAUGUUAUCGCGCAUAUUUUGGUCAUUGAAAGAUUAAAUGCAACCCUUUCAUUUAGAAAAUAUGAGAGAUCCCGUGGUCCUUGUUUUACUUUUGGAUGGCUAUUUUUUGUGAAUUUGCUCACUUUUGGCACUGUAUAUGGUACAUCAACAACCUCCUCAACAACUUUUAUCAAUCUCUGCUUUUGGGCAAUUAUGUUUGUCUUGGCAAUUUUUGAGCUGAUUGCAAUUAAAUCUAUGAAAAAAUAUAAUGACCAGAUAUAUACAUCUCGUUCUUUUAUUAAUGCCACAUUAUCAGAACGUUAUCAGCUGGCAGAAAAUAUUAGGACAACCAAACAGCUAAUUCCAAUUUUGGCCAUUCAUUUUUUCAAUAUUGCUUUGGGAACUUUCGUUAAUUGGACAAUCUAUUACCAAGCUUUCGGCCCCAUUACUACCGGAAUGUUUGCUUAUCAAUUGUUUAACCAAAUUUAUAUGUUGAUUAUUGCUUUCACGAGUUUUUUGAUUGAAUUGACAAUGAUUUUAUGCCAUCCUUAUUUGAAACGAAAUUUUGUCGGUUUGGCACUAAAAAUACGUUCAUUCUUCAAAUGCUUGUUAAUCUUCAAAUUAAGACGGCACCAAGUUGCUCCAACUUCCAUUACAAAUAAUGGGUUUGAUAGCAAUACUAUUAAAAAACGAGCUGUUUCAUUAACAAGUGUUCAAGGAUUGGAAUUAGUUCCUUGUGGCGGCAUGAAUCAAACAGAGGAAUAUUUUACACAAUUAGCAUUAUCGUGGGCAAGAAGAAGAUCAAUUAAUAAUUAAAUUUUAAAAUUUUAUAUCACCCGAAAAUAAAUAUAUUUUAUACAAAAUUAUUAAUUAAAAUAAACUGAUUGAUCGCUUAAGGAUAGAGCGCAAAGUGCAGAGGCUAGUAAUUUGCCAUAUUUUCUUGAACUCGAAUAAUUCCCCGCCCACCCUCGAUAAAUUCCCCGUGCUAGAU